CGUCAAGGCAGCAUCAUAGAAACUACCGGCUCGAGGCGACGCUCUCUGGCCGAGCGAGCGGAAGCUAUCGCGCUUCGAUCGGUGGGCGGUAGGCACAGAACUAGCCGUUCCACCAGCAAGCGCGGGCGGUGAAUUGCUCAUCGUGCUCUGAGCUAUCUGCGAUCCCUGUUGCGUCUGUACGCCGUCAUGAUGUGGCUCUGCCCCAAACUAUCCAGGUCCGCUCGAUAGCAAGCGAGAGGGGGCCGUCUGUGCCGAGCAUACGGCCAAACCAGCGGUGGUCGGUCGGUCGUCCAAGCAGUGCGCCAAACCGCGCGUCACGCUCGUCGACGCAUCACCGCAUCACCGCAUCAUCGAGUACCGCUCUCUAGCCUCAUGACGACAUGGGCAAGUCAAAGAGCAGCACGGCGCAUGUCGACGCUCCUCAACCAGAGAUUCGUGCUCCGGGACCGCUCACUUCAUCCCUUCAGGAUCUCUUGCGAGCUCAGAUCGGCGCCAAGGCAGAUGGACUGUCAGAGCAGGAGCUCGAUGUCCUCGUGGCAGACAAGAUCCUCAGAGAGUCUCGUCUGAUCGAAGAACGGUACAAUUCUAGCGAAGGUGUCGGUGUCUUUCUAUCCCACGAGCCUGCUACGAGGUCAGACCGCGCCUUGCAUUCCUCUUUGGGUAGCUUACAGCGGUACGCCAGACCAAAGCCAGGCGCCAGAGUCAAUCAGCGCUUCCUGGAGAACACUGUCUCCAGCGUCAACUUCCACAAUAGAUCACUCUUGGCUGCCGUCGAUCGAGCCGCUCAGAGAGCGCCCCCAUCGCAGGCACGCGACAGACAGCCUCACGCGUCUGCUAGCAGAUCCUCCAGAUCAGACGAGCGUGCUCGUAAACCUCGUGAUCUCAGCCGGUACGAUGAUGGGUACAGCAUUCGGCCUAUAGCCGGGCAGGCGCAACCGCGACAAGCGACGACUGCCUCUCGGCGACGCGGGCCUCGCCAAGAGUCACCUGACGAGGCCGUAGCUAGACGAUCACACCGUCACUCGUCCUUUCACGACGAUUACAAGACCUCGAAAGGCGGUCGCGAGAGCCCUGUGGCCGGCAAUGAGGAGAAGCCAGAGCGACGCCAACGGCGGCGACGCGAUAAUUCCGAAGAAUAUGAACCAGCUGCAACUAAGCUGAACCGACAGACGCGCGACUCUCCCGGCAGAGCUAGCAGCAUCUACAAACGGAAGAGAGCGCGCAGAGAAUCUGACGACGAGCGCUACCUAGACAGCGAUAGAGAACUAUCUCCUGCACAGCUCGAGCCUCUUAGGAGCGCUCCGCGGCGUUCGAUCAUGAACGGUGCGCCAUACAGACGUGACGACAAGCCGAGGCACACUCAAGAGCGUACUCCAACGCGAUCACCAUACCUGUCCUCAGACUCGGACUCCGAAGAAGGUCCGCAGCCUGCUCGAGCAGUACGAGAGUGGGAUCGUGGCAAGUAGUUGCUGCACGAUGCAUUUGUUGUUGAUACAUACAU